GUUAGUCGAUAACCCAAUUCAUUUGAAUCUCUGUGAAAAAUAAACUUAAUUUAAGACCUUUUUAUCUCUGUCUCUUUGGUGUCGAGUCAUGAAUGAGAUUUAUUGUCAUUGUCUCAAGUGAUACAAUGUUUAGACACACGGAAUAAUAAUCAAUUAGAUUGUUAGUGGACUAUGAAAAACAUUGCUACCAGUGCUCAAACAUUUAGUACUUAUCCGGGAAGGAGAGCCUCAACAAGUAAUGACAAAUGUAUUCAAUUGAGACAAUAUAAGCACCAAAGUUGGGCUUCAAGUAAAUUCAAUGCAUUCCGCAAGAGUUGGAUCGGACUUUUUGAUAAGGAUGCAAAAUGGGAACUUCAUUACAGACACGGAUAAUAUUAAUAAUAAUGACACCGAUAGGAAUGCUGGCCAAUCACGUAACGGCAAACACUGUUGGUUUGAAUGCAACCAACAAAUGGACACAAUGGACAAGAUAGACAAAAACACGUUUAAAGUGUACCUAACAAAUGGUAAUUACAAUGUAGUCAAAACGGGAGAUGUUACCGAUGUCCGCGGCAUCGCCUCACUCAUCACUAGUCGACUGUCCUCAGACUCCAGUAAACGCUUUUAUGAAAGCAUUUACGCCAUUCGUUUGGCCAGAAUUGGUGCACCCGAUGACCAUAUUUGGCUUCAUCCCGACUCAUCAAUGAAUGAGGCACUCGAACAGCACAACAAUUUACUGGAUAGUGAAUGGAGGUAUGAACUGAGGAUACGUUAUUUCCCGUCGACUAUAAAUGAUAUUUUGGUCAAAGAUAGGGUUACUUUUCAUUAUUUCUAUGAUCAGGUCAAAAAUGAUUACUUACGGUUGGAUAUACCGAUAGAGCUUGACUUAGCCAUUCAGUUAUGUUGUCUGGAAAUCCGGCAUUUUUUCAAAGACAUCACACAUUUUGCUUUAGACAAGAAAUCUAAUUUUGAAACUCUUGAGAAAGACAUAGGACUUCACAAAUUCCUGCCAUCAAACAUAUUAACAUCAGUUAAGCACAAAGCAUUGAGAAAAGCCAUUCAAUCGCAGUUCAAGAAAGUCUCGACAAUGAAUGAAACUGAAUGUAUGCUUAAGUUCUUUGAAUUGGUUGAGCCGUUAAUUCACUACAAACAGGAAUAUUUUAAGUGUGCGUUAGGGACGGGUUGGAGUAUUCCCGUUCAUUUAGUCAUUGGCUGUGAUCUGGGUAUUGGUUAUGUCACUGACAAGACAGGACCGCCCACACAAAUGGCACAAUUUCAAAGCGUUCAAAGUAUAUGUAUAAUCACAACAAAUAGCAAUGAAAGCAGUGGUACUCUGCAGACAACAAGUAGUCAAUCAAUUGUUAGCAAUAAAUGUGUUCUUCAGCUUAAGAUUGCCGGUGCCUCUGAAGUAUUGGCCAUUACCUGCUCGUCAAACAUUGUCGCCGAAAAUAUUGCGAACCUUAUUGACGGUUAUUGUCGUUUAAUCAAUAAUACUAACGAUUCAUUUUGGUUACGAAAAGCCUUUCCCACUAAAUGGAAGUGCAAUUGCAAUGAUUGCCCAAAAGAUAUAAUGAUAGAAAAAACAAAAAAUUUAAAGAAAAAGAUAACGACUGAAAAUGGGGACAAAGAUUACGCUGAAAUAGUAGACGACGGCGACUACUCGACACCCGCCGGGAAAGACUACGAAUUGUGUCGAUUGAGAUUAAAUUUGGACGCAAUUAUAGGUGAGGGACAGUUCGGUGAUGUGUUUAAAGGUUCGUAUCGAACCAAAGACGACCAAAUAAUAGCUGUGGCCAUCAAAACGUGUAAAAUUGAAAGCGAGGGGCAAAUGGGUGACAAGUUUUUAGAGGAGGCGUAUAUAAUGCAACAGUUCUCACACCCGCAUAUUAUACGACUUAUUGGUGUUUGUUCCGAUUCGCCCAUUUGGAUAGUCAUGGAAUUGGCCAAACACGGAGAGAUGCGGGCAUUCCUCCAAAAUAAUAAGCAUCGACUGAAUUUGGCUACUCUUAUAUUAUAUGCCUAUCAACUGAGUACAGCUUUGUCUUACUUGGAAAGUAAAAAGUUUGUGCACCGGGAUAUCGCCGCUCGCAAUGUUCUCGUCUCAUCCCAUAGUUGUGUCAAAUUAGCCGACUUUGGUCUUUCCCGAUGGGUUGAAGACCAGUGCUAUUAUAAAGCCAGUAAAGGCAAACUACCUAUUAAGUGGAUGGCACCGGAAUCGAUCAAUUUUAGGCGUUUCACUACAGCUUCUGAUGUUUGGAUGUUUGCCGUCUGUUUGUGGGAGAUAUUAAUGAUGGGAACAAAACCAUUUCAAGGCGUCAAAAAUAAUGAUGUUAUCGGAAAAAUUGAAAACGGAGAGCGACUGCCUUUACCGAUGAACUGUCCGCCGAGAAUAUAUAGUUUAAUGUCUCAGUGCUGGUCAUAUGAGCCCUCGAAAAGGCCAUAUUUUAAAGACAUUAAACAAUUACUAUAUGAAGUAUAUUUAGAAGAGAAAACUCAAUUAGAAAGACGUGAUAUUAGACGUGAUUUGCAAUCAAUAUCCUGGAGUUCUUCGGGUUCUGAAGAACCGCCGCCAAAACCUUCACGAUUUGGUGCAGAGAUCCACUCUGAACCCAAUCCUUGUGUUGACGCAUAUAUAGUCGCUAAAGAUCCAGAGGUAUUGGCUCAAUUGAUGUCAGAAAACGCUCAUUUAUUACCCCCUGCCUGGGCUUAUAAUGCACCGGCUUCUCCAAGCAAUACAUUUGCGGUGCAGAGCAUUGCCACCAAAACUGUGAAAAAAGAGAGUCUCUGUUCCGCAUUCAAUACUACCACUUCUUCUUCCAGUUCUACUACAACCUCUGCCACCGAAGUAAAGGAAUUGGCCGAAAAGGCUGAGUUAGACAAACAUUUGCUUGAAGUACGACUCAAACAGCAGAGACAAGAGUCAGAGGAAGACUCAAAAUGGUUGGCAAAUGAAGAAAAGCAAUUACUGGCUUCAGUCAAACGGUUAUCUGUUUGUGACUCCGAGCAGAAUAGCCACGAACCCAGAGGAUCGCCCAUUAAUAAUGCAGUCAUUGACUAUAGUGUGCCAUUAAGCCAUUCCAAACCCAUAGCCAAUGGGACCAACAAUUCAAGUACUUUAAGUACAUUAAGUAGUAUAUCGAUGGCAUCGACCAACACAUCCUCCAAUACACCAUUAGAUACUCAGCCGACCGCUGAUAUCGACCGCACCAAUGAUGAGGUCUAUAACUACACUAUGAAUGUUGUCAAUGCGGUUAGAUUUUUAUUACAAGGGGUACAGGAGGCCCGGGUCGACCAGUAUAUCGACUUAGUAAAGGCUGUUGGUAUUGAAUUGAGAGGAUUGUUAGCCAGUGUUGACGUAUUGUUCUCAAUGUUGCCGGUUUGGGCCCAUCGAGAAAUUGAAAUGACACAUAAAGUAUUGAGCAAAGAUAUGGCCGGUUUAGUGCAGGCCAUGAAAUUAGCCCAACAGUAUAGCCGAACUACUGUCGAGAGUGAAUAUAGAAAAGCAAUGCUAGAAUCGGCUCAUAUUCUUGUGAUUAAUUCAAAGAACUUGUUGGACACUAUAGAUCAGGUUAGGCUUCGGAUGGUCAACAAACACUUCAUAGACUCCAUGUCCGGUAUUAACGCAUUGUCUUUAAACGGCACGUCACCCGACAGAGGCAUUGGCGGUAUCGAUGAAGAGUCACCCGAUAUGUUAGAAAAGUCGUUGAGUGAUAAUAGCAGUUAUUAAAUGACUUAUUUUAUCCAAAAAACAUGAUUUUAUAAUCACAUCAUUUGCAAAAUCAUUAUUCAUAUGUAACGAUCAAAUAAAUUAUAAAACACAUUAACUUAUGUUUUUCUAAUAACUGUUGAAUUAAAUUGAAUUAAUUAAUACUUUAUUAUAAUUUAAG